CUCCCAAGGGUUCAAUUCUGUCUCCUUUCAACUUCGUGACACUUGCGCCAACAUAUGAAUCGCCCUCGUUAUUUUCUGCCAAGUCAUUGAAGCCAUGAGUCUCAUCAACAUCCAGUCCGCUGGCCAAUGGCAAGGCAUUCUAAGCGGUAACAACGUCGUUAUCGCAGACUUCUACGCCGACUGGUGCGGCCCUUGCAAGCAGAUCGCACCCCACGUCGAACGUCUCGCGAAAGAACAUUCCAAGCCGAACAAGGUCGCCUUCUGCAAGAUCAAUGUCGACAGCCAGUCCACCAUCGCCCGCACUCACGGCGUCAGCGCCAUGCCCACCUUCAUCAUCUUCCACGGCGGACAGGCGAUCGAGACCAUCAAGGGUGCGAACCCGCCCGCCCUCACACAGGCCAUUCAAAACGCGCUGAAGCUCCCUGAUAAGGGCGGCCGCUCCGCAGCCUCGUUCAAGACCCCCGGCCGGACGCUUGGCGGGGAUAAGCCCGCGCGGGCGAGCCUCCAGCGGCCGUUUGCGUGGCACUACCGCGAUAUUCUGAGCAACAUCAUUACGUUUAUUGGAUUGUAUCUGGUGUCUCUGUUUGCGAUUGAUCCCCACAAGGCGGCCGAGAUGUCGCAAUUUAACCGCGUGAACCCGCCCCCACCGACGGUCAAAUCCACAAAGAGCGCUGGCCCCGGCACGAGACAGCCGCCGAGGGGACCAGCUUUCAAGACCCUGGCUGAUUUGGGCGGCGAUGAAUGAUAUGAUCGAUUACAGGCGAAAGGCGUUUGGGGCUAUUUAUCUGAGAGUAUAUAGAAGCCCUACUGGGCUCCAAGAGCAUCCUUCCAUUGAUUGUUAUACACGACAAGUUCCAUAAUCCGUCGCAAGCGAUUAGUAGCCUGCUAACUUGCCUCUACCAAGCUAUCGCAUCCUGGCAUCGAUAGAGUACAUAGCUCGUUUUCAGCCAAUUCGCAUCGUUAGAAUGGAGGAACCCUUCGCGACUGUUCAUGCUCCGGAUGAAAU